AUGUGCCGCCCCCUUUCCCUGUACUGGUUGGGGUGGAACACGGACCAUAGCAACGUCUGCUUUGACUUUAACAAGCUCAUCGUGACGCAUGCCUUCAUCAACAUCGUACUAGAUGUCUGGAUGCUCAUUCUCCCACUCACUCAGUUGUAUGGGCUGAACCUCAUUCUGCGAAAGAAGAUUGGAGUUAUGCUAAUGUUCAGCGUUGGCCUUUUUAUCACUGCUGUCAGCGCUAUACGAAUCUCUACAAUGCUGCACUUCACAAAAUCCAGCAAUGUGACCUCUGAGUCCCUCUGGGUCUACGUAUGGACCUUCACUGAGCUCUGUGUUGGCGUUUUUGCCGCCUGCAUGCCCAAUGCUGGUCACUUAUGGAGAACAAUAUUCGGAAAACGGGCAGUUCAGCCUAUCGAGUCGAAAGCUGGCCGAAACGUUGUCUAUGAGACAGAAAUGGUGACAUUACAGUCAACAAAAACACAAAAGGAGAGGGAAAAUUCUGUCGUGUCUGGUACGGAGACAUCAACAUCAGUCCUCGUGGUACCGCAGUCUUGCCAUUCCGCAGUGUAA